AGGCGAUGAAAUAGAAGCCUCUUUUCCUUGACAUCGGUCUGUCAUUUUAUUCAUCAGGUCUAAUUACAACACCAGAGAACCAUUGAGCAGUGUUCUCUUCCUCAAAACAAACCUCCACGAUGUUGCCGUUUCGCUCUCCACUUGUUUCUUGGGCAUUUGCUUGCACCCUAACAUCAACUGAUGUUGCGUUAUCGCGCCGUCUCCUGAUGGCACCAGAGGAACAUUCUUGGACGCCAGACGAUGUAGAAGGAGACUUCUUCGAAGACAAAAAUGCUUACCAAGUAGCAAGCUCCUCCUCUAAUAUCACAGCCGCUGUUCGUCCAGAAGCUCCUCCUCUAAUAUCUACUGAUGAUACAACUGAAGUGGAGCCAGCUGAUAGCGAUUCGUUGCAGAACGCUCCAGCAUCAAUUGAGGAUGACCCGAACAGAGGAUCUUCUAUCGCUGCCGCAAGUAGUUCUGGCGCUGCUGCGAGUAGUUCGGGAGGUGGUGGUGCUGCUGCAAGCAGUAGGUCGGCAGGAGGUGGUGGUCCGUAAGGGUCAGCGAACGCCCCCCGCGGUCCUACAUAAGACGUCACGCCUUCCCCCCUCUGGUAUACUACUGAGAGCUUGCCCCAUCUUGGUUCGAGCGUCACGCGAAAAGCGUGACGCGUCACGCGAAAAGCGUGACGCUUUUGUUGCAUGUACCCUACAGACUUACGAGAGACAAGGCGUCACGCUCUUCGCGUGACGCUCAAGAAAGGGCCUGCAGAUGAAGGCCCCACCUUCAGAUCAUGAGGACCUUCGGGCCCUCAGCUGAAGUCUUUCCGAUCAUGAGAGAGGACCCCCAAGGGAGAACCCUCACUCUGAGAGGGCUCGCCGAUGAAGUCCUUCCGAUCGUGAGGACCUUCAAGGGAGGGCCCUCAAUCUGAAUAGAGGACACUCAGCCGAAGUCCUUCCGAUCGUGAGGACCUUCAAGGGAGAGCCCUCAAUCUGAAGAGGGCACUCAGCUGAAGUCCUUCCGAUCGUGAGGACCUUCAAGGGAGAGCCCUCAAUCUGAAGAGGGCACUCAGCUGAAGUCCUUCCGAUCAUGAGGACCUUCAAGGGAGAGCCCUCAAUCUGAAUAGAGAGCACCCAGCUGAAGUCUUUCCGAUCAUGAGGACCCUCAAGGGAGAACCCUCACUCUGAAAGGGUCCCCAAAUGAAGCACUUCCGAUCAUGAGAGAGGACCUUCAAGGGAGAACCCACCCUCACUCUGAAUAGAAGACACUCAGAUGACGCCCAAGGGAGAGCCCACCCUCAGUCGAAUCUGAGAGGGCCCCCCGAUGAAGCUCUUCCGAUCAUGAGCGAGGACCUUCAAGGGAGAACCCUCACUCUGAGAGGGCCCUCAGAUGAAGCUCUUCCGAGCAUGAGUGAGGACCUUCAAGGGAGCGCCCUCCCUCUGAGAGGGCUCGCCGAUGAAGCUCUUCCGAUCAUGAGGACCUUCAAGGGAGAGCCCUCAAUCUGAAUCGAGGACACUCAGCUGAAGUCUUUCCGAUCAUGAGGACCCUCAAGGGAGAGCCCUCACUCUGAGAGGGCUCGCAGAUGAAGUCCUUCCGAUCAUGAGGACCUUCAAGGGAGAGCCCUCAGUCUGAAACUGAAAGAAUAGAGGACACUCAGCUGAAGCCUUUCCGAUCAUGAGGACCCUCAAGGGAGAGCCCUCGCUCUGCUCUGAGAGGGCUCGCAGAUGAAGCCCUUCCGAUCAUGAGGACCUUCAAAGGAGAGCCCUCAAUCUGAAUAGAGGACACUCAGCCGAAGUCUUUCCGAUCAUGAGGCUGAGGACCCUCAAGGGAGAACUUCGGCCAGCGUCACGCUUACACACUGGCAAAGGGGCGCCCGGUCUGCAUUGGAUUCCCAUGCGUCACACUAAAGAACGCACGCGGGAAAGACAUCCGACCCCGAUGAGAUUCCCACGCGUCACGCUAGAGCGCUCAUCGUCAAAAAGCACCCAAUCCCCCCGAAAUUCCUACGCGUCACGCUAGAGCACGCCUGGCGAAAAAACACCCAAUCCCCCCGAGGUUCAUACGCGUCACGCUAGAGGCGUGACGCGUGACGAUCCGCGGGGGGCGUUCGCUGACUCUUACGGUGGUGGUCCUCCUUCGAGUAGUUCCUCACAGCCGGUCCCUCUCUUGUUUGCCGAUGACAAGCAACCAAAAGUAAUGUUCUCUACUGGUAGAGUCGUAGUGGCUGGUUCAUCGACGUCCUCUGAGGAUUCUAGGUCGCCACUAGAAGACUCGACAGAUCGUGGAUCAGGCGUCGUUGGACAGCGUCCUCCCAAGCCUGGCCCUAAAGGGGCAAGGAGAAGCGCUUCUUUCAUCGCGACUCAUGAUACGCAAGUGCAUCAUGUGAACUAUCGGAAUCCAGAUUCAUUCUCGUUGCGAAAACGUAUCAACAGGCUGCGCGCUGCUCGAAAAGCGAAAGAACAUCAGACGAAGAAGAAGAAUCAUGCUAGAAGUAGUUCCUCUAGCGGAAAUGCCCCUGCAGCUAAUGGCAGAAGUAGUGCAUCCUCUACCGGAGCCGGAACAACGACGUUAGGUCGCAGUGUACAAGAGGGAUUAGGUGCACUUGAUGUCAACGUGGAAAUGGAUGAUGGCCUAGAGGACAUAGAUCUGGAGGCUGGAGACGAGGACCCCGAAACACGCAGUGCAGGAGUUCCUGAUGUGGUGACUUAUGCUGCUGGUGAUUCCGCUUCCGGCAACUUCCCAGGCUCGUCUACAGAUCUAGCCACACCUUACCCAGCAACGCAAAGUGAUGGUCCUGCUGCCCAGUUGUCCAUGGUGCGUGAGAGCUGGGCUGGUGGUGGAGAGGUCCGCGUCCUGCCGAAAAGAUGCGCAACAGCACCGUCGUGGGCAUGGGAACCUUGGGGAUGCUUUUUGUACUACUGCCUCCCGGGAACGCUUCCUUUGGAUACACCUGUCCGCCACGUCCCUGGAGAAACCGAGUUAGAUGCGGUGUGUGACUCUCCUCUAUGGAUCGAGCUCAUCAAGGCCUUCAACUGUGGGAAUCUAUUCUUCGCGUCACUGAUUUUCAUCUGCUUAUUCCUGUUUUCGGACACCUUUCAAGCACGAAUCCUAGACCUCUUUUGAGGUGUCUAUAGAUUUUUACGAGCCUCUACCCUAUGAGUAAAAGAAGAUCGUGUAUAGGAAGAUCGACGUGCAUGGUAAAAAUUUAUUGCUCUAGAGGACGGCUCGGUUGUAUCAAAUCAGGUACUGGUGCAAGCACAACAGUUCGAGAAUAUUGCAACUCUUUUUUACAUAAGUAAUCAUGCAUGAUGAUAAACCAUACUCGAAAACGUCUUGAAUUUGACGUCAUCAUCUCUCUCACUGCUGUUAAAGAUAGAAAACUAAAACAUACUGAAGAUUGAGUUACAUCUUACUCAUGCAUGGUGAUCAACCAUAGUCAAAAACGUCAUGAAUUUGACGUUAUCAUCUCUUUCUCUGCUGCUAAAAAACUACUAACACAUACUGAAGAUUGAGUUGCAUCUAGUACAGUAAGACACUUUAUAGUUGCAAAGCUCUGUAUCCGUGGAGGUCGUUCCUAGGAUGGUCUGUCCAAGGAUUGACUUCAGUGGGUUGCUCUCACAGGCAUUCUGACUGCGAAACACGUUGAAGCUCAUAAGCUGAAUACCGAUUGGAAUUUUGAAGAACGCACAUUCAUUCCUGUGAAAAAUGAAAAGGCAUGAAGAUGAAGAACCUUUACUUAGUAGUUUCGUUUACCUUGGCGAACCCUAAACCCUUGGUCUCAGAGAACGACGCACGUUCUUGUGGUAGCUUUUUCCACUGGACGUUUGAUACGUG